AUGGCGUUGUCCAUGGAGCUCUAUUCUCAACCAGUUCUAAAUAUCUCAAAUUAUGUGACUGUCAAGCUCACAGAAAGAAACUACCUUCUCUGGAAGAUGCAGUUCGAGUCCUUUCUCUCUAGACAAGGACUGCUUGGAUUCGUAAAUGGUUCCACACCGCAACCUGAACCUACCUUGACAACACACAUCACUAGCUACGACACCGUCACCCCAAACCCAGCAUAUCAAGCUUGGAUCUGGUCAGAUCAAGUUGUGAGGGUGUGGCUACUUGGUUCACUUUCUGAAGAUAUUCUCACAGAGGUCAUCAAAACAACAACUUCACAGGAGGUAUGGGUUUUCCUGGCUAGUGAAUUCAAUAAAGUCUCUUCCUCUAGAUCGUUUGGUCUGCGAAGGAAGUUACAGAACACUGAAAAGAAAGAUAUGCCUAUGCUAGAGUACUUAAGAGAACUUAAGAGUGUGUUUGAGCAACUUGAAUCUAUAGGGAGUCCAGUUAGUGAGACGAUGAAGUUAUUUGCUGCUUUGAAUGGUCUAGGUAGGGAGUAUGAACCCAUCAAAACUUCUAUUGAAAGGAUCUUGGAUUCUACUCCCUCACCAACUUUGGAAGAUGUAAUUCCUCUUCUUACGGCUUAUAAUGACCGUUUGCAGGCGUACAACGAGGAGUCCGACAUUGCACCACACUUGCCUUUCAAUACUCAUAGGUCAGGCUACAACAAUAGAGGAAGGGGACGCUCACAAAGAUCUCGAGGCCGAGGCUCGUACUCCAAUAAGGGCAGGAGGUUUCACCAACAAAUAUCACCCUUUGAUACUAGUUCUCUUGACUUUGUUGUCUCUGGUUACUCUAUUCAUGGUAGACCAGUGUGUCAAAUUUGUAGAAAAGUGGGUCAUGGUGCAUUCAAGUGUUGGCAUCGCUUUGACAACACGUAUCACUCUGACUUGCCUGCUGCAUUGGCUGCUUUGGGGAUCACAGACGUCCAAUAUCAGGCUGGACAUAAGUGGACUACAGACAGUGGAGCCACUGCACAUAUUACGAGUUCUCAGAAUCACUUGCAGCAGUCAAAACAGUAUUUAGGAGGUGUCCAGACUGUUGGAACUGAAUGGAGGUUGAGACAUGCGGCUCGACCAAGCGUGUCCGGAAUGGACGUCAUGUGA